GUCGUCUGCCAUGGAGAAUGACAGUUUAGUUGACCGUGGUGUUUAUCCAGAUUUAUCAUCAGUAACUAUUUGUAAUUAUAACAACCGGUGCCAGGAGAUUAGCUCGAGCUACUUCACCGAUUUUAUGUGUAAACAUUCUCCAAUAAAAUGAAGAGAGGUUCGAUAUCAUCGAUUCUGAAAGUAAAAUCGGCAUUGUUCGUUUGCGCAAACAUGGUGCUCAUGUUGUGCUUUGUAGCGGGAAGCUUCGAAAAUGAUGAUUCGAACGAGGAAUCUUUUCACUGUGGUAAAGGAUCGAGCAGACAAACGAAACAGACAGAUGAAUCACGAAACUAUUGUACGGUACCAAAGGAUGUUCCUCGUAUAUUCGAUGGAGAAAACAUCGAUCGUGUAGAUCGCUUGAAAAAUAUGGCCCUGAUAGAAGGAGGCAGUUUUGCAAUCGGAACAAACGAUCCAGUUUUUGUGGCUGAUGGCGAAGCACCGAAACGACAAAUUCAACUGGAUAGUUUUUAUAUAGACGAAUUGGAAGUGAGCAACGACGAAUUUUCAAAGUUUGUCAACGCGACUGGCCAUCGAACAGAAGCGGAAACAUUCGGGGAUUCUUUUGUAUUCGGAGGACUACUGAAAGAAGAAGUCAGAGCGAAUAUACCAAACGUCGUAGCUCGAGCACCUUGGUGGUUACCUGUAAAUAAUGUGACGUGGAAACAUCCGGAAGGUCCUGGUUCCGAUCUGACACACAGGAUGGAUCACCCCGUCGUUCACGUAUCGUGGAACGAUGCAGUCGCCUAUUGUAAAUGGUUAGGCAAAAGAUUGCCUACCGAAGCGGAAUGGGAAGUGGCUUGUCGUGGGGGGCUCUCGGAUAGAUUGUAUCCAUGGGGGAAUAAAUUUGUUCCAAAUGGUCAAUACAGAGCGAACACGUGGCAAGGUGAUUUUCCAAACAAUAAUACUGAGGAGGAUGGAUACGUGAGCACUUCGCCUGUUACGGAAUUCCCGCCAAAUAAAUAUGGCCUACGCAACAUGAUAGGAAACGUCUGGGAAUGGACGUCAGAUUGGUGGACGACCGAUAAUAUGAAACGUGGUGGUCCCACGAAUCCCACUGGUCCAACUCGUGGUACUGACAAGGUAAAGAAAGGUGGCUCCUACCUUUGUCACGAGAGCUAUUGCUUCAGGUACAGAUGUGCUGCUCGAAGUCAAAAUACACCUGAUACGACGGCUGGAAAUCUUGGCUUCAGAUGCGCUUUAUCUAUUUGAUCUUUAUUUAAAAAAUUAUCAAUUUUUUUUCCAAAUAAACAAUACUUGCAUA